AUGGCCACAGUCUCAAAUGAUCCCACUUGGUGGCCGAUCGUCAAUUCAUAUCGUUUGGGCAGCUAUUUUGUAGUUGCCGCCUUUGUUGCAGUGAUGUAUGAUUGGGCACUUACAUUUGGACAAGAGGCAUGUCGAUGGUAUGACCGGAGCAGCCAUCUCGCUGAGAAUGGCUUCAUAGGUGGAACUGAUCUGGAGACAACGCUGGUCGGUAAUGACAAUUCUGUAUCUCGGUGUGCGAUACCUUGGAAUCUUAUCUGCUACCCUGUACAUGGCAAUGUUCCGACCAUCUCGUUGACAGAUACAAAUUGGAUGGUAAUUGUGGUAUUUGCGAUGCUGUGGGUCAUCAUCAUCGCUCGGUUGUAUGCCAUGUAUCAAGGAUCCAGAAAGAUCCUGAUAUUUCUCGUUUUCACCUUCCUGGCUGACAACAUUUUCGACGCAGUAGUCGCCAUAAUGACAACGAUGUAUACUUCAGGGGAGGAACUAAUUCUCUUGGGCACUUAUCAGUGCCAGAUUAACUAUGCGGAAGAUAUCAUACUUCUAAAUUCCAUUACUUGGAUACUCGCCACUGUGUGGGAGGUCCUCACGCUAUGUCUCGCAGUCUGGAUUGCGGUAGAACAUUUCCGUGAACUGCGACAACAUUCAGCAGGGGGGAUUAUCGAGGACUGUUUCACGGUGUUGAUGAAAACUCAUCUGGUUUACUUUGCGAGCUUUGUUGCUGUUUCUUGCUUCCAUCUCAUUCUCGAGUUCUCUCCAACAUUCUUAACGGACAUUGCCCUGGACAUUCAGAUUAUUUUUGGUUUUGUUCAGAUUUUGACAAACGUGCAGAUGUUUGUGCUAGGGCCGCGCCUGAUCAUUGGCGUUCGAGAAUACCACGCUAAGCUCGUUGCCGAUGCCGACGCUGCGACUGGCAUGGCCUCAAUCGCUUUCCAGGAGCGUGUGCAUAUAUCGACUGGCAGUGCAUCUCCUUGUCAGUAUGGGAAGCCUAUCCACAUCUGCACUGUUCUUAACGCCAUGGUUCCGUCCUAUUCCGCUAAGCUUUAUGUGACUACUGACAAAACAGCACUCGCCGAAGAACAACCCCUCCCCGAAGCCCUCUGUCGCACGUCCCUUUUAACGAGGGUACUCUGUUUUUUGGCACUUGGACGCCCAGAAUUUGAUGAUCAUUGGAAGUCGCUGCAAUCAGACCAAGCCUUCGAAACCAUUAGGAGCAGGUCAUGCUCUAUUCUGGCCAGCACUAUCACCACAGCAACUGUCCUCCUCGCUACAAGUGUUGUUUUCGUCAGUACGGCCUCUCCUGUGUCAUACUUCAACUAUACGUCACCCACUCCCUAUUGUCUGCUCUUUGUAUCGCUCAUGCUCGCCAUCAUGGCGAUAUUGACAUCCGGCUCAAGUAUGAUACGCUGGCUACACACUGAUCGGCAGUGGACUCAAGAACAACUCAAGCCGGGCGGCUACUUCGUCUUUUCCUACCUGUUGUCAAUAGUCACGCCCAUAUUCUUCGUCGCCUGGUCCCUACAUUGUUUUAUCUUUGCGAUGUUGCUAGCGGGCUUUUGCUCCCACAGCACGAUCUACCGCAUAGUAACUGCACUCUGGCUUGUUGCGUACGUCGUCAAUAUCGGAACGAUAUUGAUGCAAUCUAUGUGGAAGUAUACGACAUUGUAAUCUCAAUGGGCCAUGCUCGAUAUCGUUGAUAUUUUCCACUUUGCUCCUUCUCCUUGUCUUACUCGUGCUUUGUCUAUGUUAUAUAUAAUCUCUCUGAUGUGGCGCGCACCUGUGAGGUGUGCUCAAGAUGUAGUUGAGUAAAUAUGUGCAGUCUA